AGUUCUACCUUUCGGCUAGGUCGUGUAAGUUGACAUUGGCAUGUUGAUCUCGAAUUCCCACCUCAAAGGUAUAAAUAGGUAACUCCAGGUUACGUAUUCUUCGUUGGUAUUGUGUUGGUGCACGUCCUUUCGAUUAAAACCAAAGCAUGAAGUGUGUUACACUAUUGUCUUUCGUGAUUUACAUUGUGACCGCCAAACCAGUUCACGAUCAAGAUGCAAGGAUAACGGAUUUUCAACAAUCAAAUGAUUGGAAGGGUAACUACGAAAUUGGUUUCAGAACAAGCAACGGAAUAGUCCAACAUCAAAUUGGCGAAUUAAAGAAAGUUGCCGACGACAAACCACCGGUCAACGUACUGCACGGCUAUUUCUUUUUCGUCGCCCCCGACAACACCACCCAUGAAGUACGCUACGUUUCCGAUCAAUUCGGUUAUCGUGCCGAAGUAAUCAGCCCAAGCACAUUCCUUGACAAUUUUAAGGAUGCACCGACUGUUGCAAGAGGGAAAACGAUCGAAGAACCCGCUGUCACCGAGACACCCGACGACCAAGAAAACUCUACGCCUGUUGCUCCACAAAUCGAAGACAGAGUAGACGAAAAUUCCAAAAACAGAAAAAACGUGGACGGUGGUUUGUCAUUUCCAGACAGAAUAGGCACACCCGCCAUCAUCUCUCUUCAAGGUCCUCCAGGCAAAUAAUUUAUGCAAAUCAAACAAUUCGAAGACUGAAGAUUAUAGUGCAAAUUUGUUAAUUUAAAUUCUGUGAUGGUUCGGACACUUAUUUGUUUAUUACUUACUUUAGGAAAUACAGUGUAGUAAAUUAAUUGGCAUAAAAUAAUGUCCUUUGAGUUUAUACGAUUAUUGCACAUCUCCAUUACUCACAAGACAACCUACAUUGCUUUUCAGGAAGACCUUAGACUCAAUUAAUGAGAACUCAAUAAUAGAGCUUUAUUAAAACUAUCAACUUAUAAAGAUUCCAGCCCAUAAGCAACAAUAAAAAAAUUAUGAAUUUGCA